CAGGCUUAGGGCAGAAGAUUACGCGACGUUACCUCAGUUUGUUAUCAGUGAGCAGAAAGGAAUUCUUUGAUAAUUUUAGUGCGCAAAAAUAAACACAAUGAUUGCUGGAGGACACGGCGAUCCCAAUCCCAAUACAUCCUGGCUGGAUUCCCGUGGGAUGUGGCUGGUGUACAUUCUCAUUGUUCUUGGCUUCCAUGUCAUCCUCCUGGCCAUUCCCUUCGUCACAAUCCCCAUGGCCUGGACAAUCACAAAUCUCCUCCACAAUUUGGCUCAUCUCUACUUCCUGCAUUCAAUUAAGGGGGCCCCAUGGAUGAGUACGGAUCCAGACAGUUGCAGCCUCCUCACCCACUGGGAACAGAUCAACAAUGGGGAACAAUUUACGGCCACAAGAAAAUUCCUCACGGCUCUGCCCAUUAUCCUAUUCCUUUUAACCUGCAUGUACACAAGGAACGACAAUGAUCACUUUGUGGCAAAUUUCUUAUCACUCGUCGUGGUACUUCUGCCGAAGAUGCCCCAAUUCCACGGAGUCCGCCUCUUUGGAAUCAACAAGUACUGAAGACAGCUCUUGGCGUCAUACCUAAUUACUUAACAUUUUUUUUUAUUCUAUCUUGCGAAGACUUUUGUUAUCAUCCUUUAUUUAUUCAACGAAUGUAUGGGGAAAUUGUGCGCAAGAUAAAAAUUAUUUAAAGAAAAACAAAACUUUCAGAAGGUUGUGCUCUAAAGGAAAAAAAGUAAAAAAAAAGAAACCCCGAAGAGAUUAUUCCGACAGAGAAAGAAAAAUAAUAUAAAAUACAUAAUUUCGUGAUAUUAGA